GCUGUCCCCGCCCCCUUUUCCUCCCACCCGCGGGUCCCCUCAGCCCCGCGCCGCCGCCGCUCCCGCUCCCCCCCCUCCCCUCCCGCCGUGUCAGCGCGCGGCGGCCCCCGCGCGUCGCGGCCAAUCAGCGCGGGGCUGAGAAAUAUGCAAAUGAGCCCCCCGGCCCGGCCCCGCGGGCUCGCUGGGGCCGGUGGGGUCGCGGCGGUGAGCGGCUGAAACUUCGGCACGGCCCGGCACGGCCCCGGCAGCCGGCCCGCCCUCGCAUAGGAUAUUUCAAACUUCUAAGUACUCCACAGUUGUCUCCAUAUUGGAAGCUGUUCAAGCAAGUGGACACUGGCCUGAAGAGUCUCUAAUGAUGAGGUGCCCAUCUGGAGAUAAAGAGCAUCUCUGAACUUCUUUCUUCAUUAAAGAGAUGUGUUCUGUAUUCAUGGGAUGCUUUAACACUUUAAGACGAACGUUUCAUCAGAAGCACUAAUGGAUGCUGGUAUGCCUUGGAUAAGGUGGUGACCACUGGAUGUAAUCUGUUUCUGUUUACUGCAGAGAGCCAAAACUGACUCCUUUUGGAGUUGAGAGAAGUUAGCAGUACAGACCUACCAAGAUGACUGAUCCUAUGAUGGAUUUUUUUGAUGAUGCCAAUCUUUUUAGUGAGACCUUAGAAGGUUUGUCAGAUGAUGCCUUUGUUCAACCUGGACCUGUUUCACUUGUUGAUGAAUUGAAUUUAGGUGCAGAAUUUGAACCUUUGCACAUAGACUCCUUGAACCACGUGCAAGAUGCUCAGAAUCAACAGAAGAUGAGUGAGUUUGAGCCGCUGAAUCAGUAUGAUUCUCUGAAACUUCACCAAGUAAGUACGUCUUUCAAUAGCUCAGCAGACAACGUCUUAUCGCCACACUCUCAAUUCAAUUGUUCACCAAUUCAUCCACAAACACAGUCUAAUGGGAUGUUUCCAGAUGUGGCUGAUGGUAGUCCUAUGUGGGGUCACCAAACUGCCACAACUGUUUCGAAUCAAAAUGGGUCCCCCUUUCACCAAGGACAUUCUCAGUCUAUGCAGCAAAACAAAAGCUUUGUAGCACACCAUGACUUUGCCUUAUUUCAGGCUAAUGAACCACAGCAUCAGUGUGCCUCACUACGAUCUCAACAAAGCAGGAACAACACGGGGCAAGAUGCUCUGAGUCAGCCAAAAGACUUCCUGGAAGUUAAUGUAUCUACUUCUCACAGAGUCAAUGUUAACCACCCACCUCCAGUUUCUAAUCCUUCAACUUCACAGCAGCCUCUGUCUGUUCAACAGUUUUCUCAAACUGCAAGUGCUUCAAUACAUUUUUGUGGGAAUCAAGAAGGAACUUUUGAUGGACAGUCCCCAACUAUUACUCCGUGUUCUGUCAAUAAUAGCCAACAAUUUUCAUCUCCUUAUUCGUACUCUAAUAACCACAUUUCUCCUACCAGCCUUCUUCAGUCUACAACAGCUCUUUCUAGUAGCCAGCAGACACACCCUAUCUCUGACUUCACUGGAAGUGAUGCCUUUACAUCUCAAACAGGGACCAAGCAAGAAACAACUGAGCACAUGUUGAAUCCUAACACACCUUUGAAUUCAAGUAGUUUUCAAAUGUUGCAUUCUGCGCAUCCUCAGGGCAACUUUAGUAGUUCAAAACUUUCUCCUGUGAAUAUUAAUUUUCCAGCUUCUGCUGGUUCUGCUUCUCAGAUAAGCCAUUUCACAGACCCUAUUGAGAGCAAUGGUUUUACGUCUUUGGAUGAGAACUUACUUCAUCAAGUUGAGGCUCCAAACGAACCAUUUACAGGACUUGACCCAGAUGACCUCCUUCAGGAAGAUCUUCUGCCACAGUUUGAUGACUCUGCGUUUGUUCAGGAUAGCACAAGCCAUGUUUUAGAGCAUGACCUAGAACACCAUAUAAGCCCCCAUCAAGUAACACAGGCAUCUGAUAUUGGUCGGGCACAGUCGCAAAGUCAAAUUCAUCCCUGGCAUUCUGCAGUUUCCAGUCAGCAUCUGCAAGAGAGAAGUCGUAUAACCUUACAAGGACAGUUAUUGGAAACCUCACUGUGUGCAAGAUUGCAGGAAUUUUCAUCUCAAAAUUGUAUUUCAGAAGAGAUUAUAUCUUGGAUAAAGAGAGAUGUGCCUCCUUCCUCCAAGAAGACUGAUGGUUCAGGAUCAUAUACUAAGUUGCAGAAUACCCAGGUGAGGGCAAUGUCUGAAAAGAAGCAGAAGAAAAAAGCAGACUGUGAAAGUAAACAAGAGAAGGCAAAUCGCAUAAUAUCUGAAGCAAUUGCAAAAGCAAAAGAGAGAGGAGAGAGAAACAUUCCGCGAGUAAUGAGUCCUGAAAACUUCCCCAGUGUUUCAGCUGAAGGAAAAGAGGAAAAGAAAGGUAGAAAAGUUAAAACCAAACCCAAGGACAAGGAGACCAAAAAACCAAAAACUGGUUCCUCAACCAAAAUUAAAGAGAAAACAAAAAUUGGAAAGCUAAUCAUCACGCUGGGUAAGAAGCAGAAAAGAAAAAAUGAAUCUUCAGAUGAAUUGUCUGAUGCUAAGCAGACUCCGCAGCGGCCAGUGAAAGAUGAAGACUCGCAGAAGAGAAGAUCAAAUCGUCAAGUUAAACGGAAAAAGUAUGCUGAAGAAGGAGAAGGAAAGCAAUCAGAAGAAGAAGCUAAAGUUUCUGUGAAAAUCAAAAAGAAUUCAGCUCCUUUACCUGCUGAACAGCCUUUACAAUUAUUUGUGGAGAAUCCAAGUGAAGAAGAUGCAGCAAUUGUAGACAAAAUCUUAUCCUCUAGGAUAAUAAAGAAAGAAAUAUCUGCUGGGAUUACUGUAGAAACAGAAGAGUUUUUUGUAAAAUACAAGAACUACUCUUAUCUCCACUGUGAGUGGGCCACAGAACAGCAGCUUUUAAAGGAUAAGAGAAUCCAGCAGAAAAUAAAACGGUUCAAACUAAGGCAAGCACAAAGAGCUCACUUUUUUGCAGAUAUGGAAGAAGAACCUUUUAAUCCUGACUAUGUUGAAGUAGACCGGGUAUUAGAAGUCUCUCUUUGUGAAGAUAAGGACACUGGUGAGCCUGUUAUUUACUAUUUAGUAAAAUGGUGUUCAUUGCCAUAUGAAGACAGUACGUGGGAGCUGAAAGAAGAUGUAGAUCAAGCAAAAAUAGAAGAAUUUGAACAAUUGCAAGCUUCCAGGCCUGACUCAAGGAGAUUGGACCGACCGCCUUCAAACUCCUGGAAGAAGAUAGAACACUCCAGGGAAUAUAAAAAUGGCAAUCAGCUCAGGGAAUAUCAACUGGAAGGACUUAACUGGCUUCUAUUCAACUGGUACAACAGGCGAAAUUGCAUUUUAGCGGAUGAAAUGGGUCUUGGCAAAACCAUUCAGUCAAUUACAUUCCUCUAUGAAAUCCUCCUGUCUGGUAUAAGAGGGCCUUUUCUGAUCAUAGCUCCGCUUUCCACUAUAACAAAUUGGGAAAGAGAAUUCCGCACGUGGACUGACCUUAAUGUUGUAGUAUAUCAUGGAAGUAUGAUCAGCAGGCAGAUGAUUCAGCAGUAUGAAAUGUACUUCAGGGACUCCCAGGGACGUAUUGUUCGAGGUACCUACCGAUUCCAAGCCAUUAUCACAACUUUCGAAAUGAUUCUUGGUGGCUGUCCAGAGCUAAAUGCAAUUGAAUGGCGAUGCGUUAUAAUUGAUGAAGCACACAGGCUGAAGAAUAAAAAUUGCAAACUCUUGGAAGGACUAAAAUUAAUGAACCUUGAGCAUAAAGUGCUGUUAACUGGUACACCACUGCAGAACACAGUAGAAGAAUUAUUUAGUCUCCUUCAUUUUCUUGAACCAUUGCGUUUUCCUGCUGAAUCUACCUUCAUGCAAGAAUUUGGAGACCUUAAAACAGAGGAACAGGUUCAGAAACUACAAGCUAUCCUGAAACCCAUGAUGCUGAGACGGUUAAAAGAAGAUGUAGAAAAAAAGCUGGCUCCUAAGGAGGAAACUAUAAUUGAAGUAGAACUAACUAAUAUUCAGAAGAAAUAUUAUCGAGCAAUUCUGGAGAAAAAUUUUGCUUUCUUAUCCAAAGGAGCAGGGCAAGCAAAUGUACCAAAUCUGGUUAACACUAUGAUGGAACUCAGAAAAUGUUGUAAUCAUCCUUAUCUCAUCAAAGGUGCUGAAGAGAAAAUCCUUGGAGAGUUUAAAGAAACGUACAGCCCAAGUGCCCCUGACUUCCAUCUACAAGCAAUGAUCCAGUCUGCUGGGAAAUUAGUUCUUAUUGAUAAACUUCUUCCAAAAAUGAAAGCAGGAGGCCACAAGGUCCUUAUCUUCUCUCAAAUGGUGCGAUGCCUUGAUAUUUUGGAGGAUUACCUUAUACAUAAAAGAUAUUUAUAUGAACGAAUUGACGGACGAGUACGAGGUAACCUCAGGCAAGCUGCAAUUGACCGGUUCAGCAAACCAGAUUCUGAUCGCUUUGUGUUCCUUCUGUGCACCAGAGCUGGUGGUUUGGGCAUCAAUUUGACUGCAGCAGAUACGUGUAUAAUUUUUGAUUCUGACUGGAAUCCUCAAAAUGAUCUGCAGGCUCAAGCCCGUUGUCACAGGAUUGGUCAGAACAAAGCAGUGAAGGUCUACAGACUGAUAACUCGUAACUCAUAUGAAAGAGAGAUGUUUGACCGAGCAAGUCUGAAACUGGGACUCGAUAAGGCUGUCUUACAGAGUAUGAGCGGAAGAGAAAACAGUGUUGGUGGUAUCCAACAACUCUCAAAAAAAGAAAUCGAAGACUUGCUUCGAAGAGGUGCAUAUGGUGCCAUAAUGGAUGAAGAAGAUGAAGGCUCUAAAUUCUGUGAGGAAGACAUCGAUCAAAUUUUGCAGCGCCGUACUAAAACUAUUACAAUUGAAUCAGAAGGAAGGGGCUCCACAUUUGCCAAGGCUAGCUUUGUUGCAUCUGGAAACAGGACUGAUAUUUCACUAGAUGAUCCCAACUUUUGGCAGAAAUGGGCCAAAAAAGCAGAAAUAGAUAUAGAUGCCAUCAGUGGUCGAAACAGCCUGGUUAUUGAUACCCCAAGAAUUAGAAAACAAACAAGGCCCUUCAGUGCUACAAAAGAUGAGCUGGCUGAAUUGUCUGAAGUGGAAAGCGAGGGUGAGGAUAAACCGAAACUCCGCAGGCCGUGUGACCGUUCCAAUGGAUAUGGAAGAACAGAGUGCUUUCGGGUGGAAAAAAACUUACUGGUCUAUGGGUGGGGUCGCUGGAGAGAGAUUUUGUCACACGGUCGCUUCAAGAGACAGCUAAAUGAACAGGAUGUGGAGAUAAUUUGCCGAGCUCUCUUAGCCUACUGUCUUGUUCACUACAGAGGGGAUGAGAAAAUAAAAAGUUUUAUAUGGGAUCUCAUUACCCCAACAGAAGAUGGGCAAACACGAGAGCUGCAGAAUCACCUUGGCCUAUCAGCCCCUGUGCCUAGAGGAAGAAAAGGAAAAAAAGUGAAGACCCAGGCUAGCACUUUUGACAUACACAAAGCAGAAUGGCUUCGAAAAUACAAUCCAGAACAUCUGUUGCAAGAUGAAGGAUACAAAAAGCACAUAAAACACCACUGCAACAAGGUCUUGCUUCGAGUAAGAAUGCUGUAUUACCUAAAACAAGAAGUCAUUGGUAAUGAAUUCCAAAAGGUGUUCGAAGGAAUUGAUGCCAGUGAAAUUGAUGUUUGGGUCCCUGAGCCAGAUCACUCAGAAGUUCCUGCUGAGUGGUGGGAUGCAGAUGCAGAUAAAUCCCUUCUAAUUGGAGUUUUUAAACAUGGUUAUGAAAAAUACAACACUAUCAGAGCAGACCCAGCACUGUGCUUCUUGGAAAGGGUUGGCAAGCCAGAUGAUAAAGCGGUUGCUGCUGAGCAGAGAGCAAAUGAUUAUAUUGAUGGGGACGUAGAAGAUCCGGAAUAUAAACCAGCACCAGCAAUGUUUAAAGAUGACAUAGAGGAUGAUGUUUCAUCUCCAGGUGAUUUGGUAAUAGCAGAUGGAGAUGGACAAAUGAUGGAAGGAGACAAAAUCUAUUGGCCCACCCAGUCUGCCUUAACAACACGUCUUCGACGCCUAAUAACAGCUUAUCAACGAACCAGUAAAAAUAGGCAGGCCCAGCAGAUCCAGCCAGCAUUCCCAAUACAAGCUAGUAUGAUGCAGCCUCCAUACGAAGAAGCUGCUCUAAACCCAAAGAUGGCUGCUAAGAUAGAAAGACAGCAAAGGUGGACAAGAAGAGAAGAAGCUGAUUUCUACAGAGUUGUGUCCACAUUUGGAGUGGUAUUUGAUCCUGAACGGGGACGAUUUGAUUGGACCAAAUUUAGAGCAAUGGCUAGGCUACAUAAGAAAACUGAUGAGAGCUUAGAAAAGUACCUGUAUGCUUUUAUGUCAAUGUGCAGGAGGGUCUGUCGUCUCCCCUCAAAAGAAGAACUCGUAGACCCAAACAUUUUUAUCCAGCCGAUUACAGAGGAGCGUGCUUCCCGGACUUUGUAUCGCAUUGAGCUCCUAAGGAAGGUGCGAGAACAGGCCCUUAGACACCCCCAACUGUUUGAGCGACUAAAGCUAUGUCAGCCAAACCCAGACUUACCUGUCUGGUGGGAGUGUGGGACUCACGACAGGGAUUUGCUUAUUGGAGCUGCUAAACAUGGAGUUAGCAGGACAGAUUAUCAUAUCCUUCGCGAUCCUGAACUGUCAUUUAUGUCUGCCCAGAGGAACUAUAGUCAGAACAAAGUGGCGCUCUCAAGGACUUCUACUCCACUCUUGCAUCAGUACCAGAUGGCAUUAGCUGCUUCUCCUCUUACACCGCAGUCAAGAUUGCUAGAUGCUAAAGCGAAUGCUCUCGAGGAUGCAAAAGUUAAAAAUGAAAAUCUGAAAGAGGAUGCUCAGUCUUCUGGAGAGGAAUCUAUGUCUACAGAGGAGACACAGAUGAUAAUGAAAUCUGAACCUCUGAGUCCAAAAAACGGCACACCAGUACAAAAUACAGACCACAGACCUAGUGUGAAGACUGAAACAGACAGGCGCAUGGUGUCAGCAAGGACAGAGCCUCUAACUCCAAACCCAGCUUCCAAAAAACAGAGAGUCAGCAAAAGAGGAUCUGACUCUAGCUCUGACUCAGACUCUGACUCAGAUAGAUCAUCCUGUUCUUCCAGGUCAUCUUCUUCAUCCUCUUCGUCUUCCUCAUCUUGUUCACACUCUCGAUCAGGCUCUAGCUCUUCUUCAUCUUCAUCUUGUUCUUCAGCAUCUUCAUCCUCCUCAUCUUCAUCCUCCUCCUCCUCAUCGUCAUCAUCAUCAUCGUCUGAAGAGAGUGAUAGUGAUGAAGAGGAGGCACAAAAACGUGCAGAAGGAACUGCUCAUAUAAAAGCAUAUGAUGAAGAAAGUGUAGCUUCUCUGAGUACAACGCAAGAUGAGACGCAAGACAGUUUCCAGAUGAACAAUGGGACACCAAAUUCCAGUUACCUCCUACAAGGUGGCUACAUGUUGGCAGCAUCCUAUUGGCCAAAGGAUCGAGUUAUGAUUAACCGGCUCGAUAGUAUUUGUCAAACAGUGUUGAAAGGUAAAUGGCCUUCAGCAAGAAGGAACUAUGACAGCAAUACGGUGGCAUCUUUCUACACAAACAAGCUUCUGGAUAGUCCGGGUGCAGCUGCAGAUUACAGUGAGCCCAGUGCACCAACACCCCCUCUUGCAGGUGUUAAAGAAGAAUAUGAUCAGUCACCACAGAUGUCAAAGGUGAAGAAGCAUGUACGAGAAAAGGAGUUUACAGUGAAAAUCAAUGACGAAGGUGGUUUGAAAUUGACUUUUCAGAAGCAGGGACUGUCUCAGAAAAGGCCAUUUGAAAGCGAGGAAGGUGCAUUGGGACAGCAGCAAUACCUGGCUCGGCUACGUGAACUCCAGAACGCUUCAGAAACCAGCCUCGUCAACUUCCCCAAAUCACUUCCUGAAUCGGGUACUUCCAGUCACUUAACAGCCAGCGCCAAUGGAGUGAUAGUUGACAGUCAGCCUGUAGUCAAAAAGAGAAGAGGAAGAAGGAAGAAUGUGGAAGGAGUUGAUGUCCUCUUUAUAAAUAGAAAUAAGCAGCCUAACCAUGUUAAUCCAGGUAUUAACUCCUGCCAAGUUGCUGCAGGAAUAAACCCAGCACUCACCUACACGCAGUCACAAGGCGUGCUUGAUGCAGAGAGUCCAGUUCCUGUUAUUAACCUAAAAGAUGGAACAAGGCUUGCAGGUGAUGAUGCCCCCAAAAGAAAAGAUUUAGAAAGGUGGCUGAAAGAACAUCCUGGCUAUGUUGAAGAUUUAGGAGCUUGUAUUCCUAGAACACAGCUGCAUGAUGGGAGGCCCAAACAAAAAAGACAUCGUUGUCGAAACCCUAAUAAACUGGAUGUUAAUAGUUUGACUGGUGAAGAACGUGUUCAGCUCAUAAAUAGAAGAAAUGCAAGAAAGGUGGGGGGUGCAUUUGCUCCCCCUCUGAAGGAUUUGUGCAGGUUCUUGAAAGAAAAUCCAGAGUAUGGAGUGGCUCCUGAAUGGGGAGAUGUUGUAAAACAGUCUGGAUUUCUCCCAGAAGUUAUGUUUGACCGUAUUCUCACUGGGCCUGUUGUGCGGGAAGAAGUAAGUCGGAGGGGAAGGCGCCCGAAAAGUGAGAUUGCUAAGGCAACAGCAGCUGCAGCCGCUGCCACUGCUGCGAGCGUGUCCGUUAACCCUCUGCUAUCUAACGGAUUGCUGCCAGGAGUGGAUCUGCCUAGUCUUCAGGCCUUACAACAAAACCUGCAAAACCUGCAGUCGCUGCAAGUAACGGCGGGACUAAUGGGAAUGCCAGCUGGCUUAACUACUGGAGGAGACACCAAGAACAUGGCCGCCAUGUUCCCCAUGUUGCUGUCAGGGAUGGCUGGAUUACCAAACCUGCUGGGCAUAGGAGGACUUCUAACCAAGUCUACGGAAUCUAUUUCAGAGGAUAAAAAGGGAAAUGAUUCAAAAGAGGCAGAUAUAAAGAAAGAAAGGACAGAAGACCAAAAUACAGAUACUGGUGGUGAAAACUCUGUUUCGAGCUCUCCUUCGACAUCCUCUGCUGCUGCAGCUGCCAAUCCUCUCUCUCUUAACCCAUUACUUUUGUCCAACAUACUUUAUCCAGGGAUGCUUCUCACUCCAGGCCUUAAUCUUCAUAUCCCAGCUUUGUCUCAGUCUAAUAUUUUUGAUGUACAAAACAGUGAAAGUAAUGACACAGGCUCAGCCAAGCCCACAGAAGAAAAGGAGGAAAAUUCUAGGGUUAGAGAUCAGGAAGACAAAGGGGGAACAGAGCCAAGCUCUCACAAUGAAAACAGCACAGAUGAGGGUUCAGAGAAAGCAGAUGCUUCAUCUGGAUCUGAUAGUACAUCAUCUUCAUCUGAGGAUUCAGAUUCUAGUGAUGAAGACUGACCCCAGACUCUGCACUUAAAUUAUGAACUGAUUUUGAAUUUAUUCUUUAAUUAUUUCAUUGUAAAUAACCCAGUGUUGAGUGCAUCAAUGAUUUACUGACCGAACAUUUCAGUAUUUGUUUAGAAGUGCAAACUGCUUUCAGAGACGUUUUGCAUGUAAUAUUUCUUGAAGUUCAUAAGUUUCUGAACUUGUACGUACUAUCAAAUACACAAUGGUGUAAAAUUACAACAAAAGGCAUUAUAAUUUUGUUGGGGGGUUAAUUUUAUGAAAAUAAUGCUCAAGUAAGAGCUGUAUAUUUAAUAUAUUUGCAGUGAACACAGAAUACUUUAUGCAUAUUAUUGAUUUAAUUUGAAUAUAGUUUUACAGCCUCCUUGACACUUAUAAUUUACAGAUCAAAACUCAGCAAUAAUUUGGGCAGCUAAUGAAUGUCAUGAAAGCUGUAGAAUCUACAUCACCAUCCAUUGCUUUAAUUACAUGAAAAUGCUCUAGUGUUGUGAUGCACUGCUGUUUCCAAUUCAGGUACAAGUGUGUUUAAAAAGAUAAAUUUUUCCCAAUCAGCCAAUUAAACUGGCUACCUGUUACCUCAGCUGAGUUAGUUUAGGAAGUUUACAUUGGUUUCUAUUACUUGUUUUCAGGUUUUGUUUUGUUUUCUAAAGACAUCCUGUAUAACAUGUUAAAAUCUGAGCUGAGAUAUGACUGUUGGUGGUUUUUUUUCCCCCCGUCAUUACAACUGUUCUGUGACAGCAGUAAGGGGGAAAUAACAACAAAAACUGUCUUAUCUCAUGCUACUUGGCACCAUAUAGAUCUAUUUAGUUUACACCUUGCAAAGUUUUGGGCUCCCUCCGCAGAAUUAAAACUCCCCAAAUGAGGAGUAGUUUCCCCAAGACUCAGAAGAGGCAAUCUGUCAUAAAGUGCCACUGAAAAGACCUUUCAACACUGCAUACUUCAUGUAAAAAUUGUUUGUUUGCUUUGUUUGUGUAGAUUUCUAUUUGUGUUUUAUGUCAUAAAACCUCCUGGAGUUACCAGUUAGUAAUGGUAAAUAAAGUAUAGAUAGUUUUGAACUCCUUUUGAGUUUAAACUUCUCUGCAGAUUUAAAUCUGACUAAAUAUUAAAUAUUACCCCAAAUCAUUAUUGGGAUAUCACUUCAUAUAUGUUAUGCUGAGUUACCCACUAAAGAAAAAGCACUUUGAAUAGUAAGGAAGAUAAAUUAUUCCUAGAAACAACAGUAACAGGGCAUAAAGCAUCUGUUGAAGUCCAAAACCUUAGAACCCUUUACUAUAUAAAAUCUGUCUAAUAUUUGAUGUGUGAUCUGAUCCUUCCUCCUUCUUAAGCUGCUAUUACACUGCCACAGUAAAGGCCCAGAUUCACAUUUACAGAAGAUUUGAAGUGACUGAGAUUUCAAUUGACAUUUGAUACAUCAUUUGCAGUCCAAGAAAAGGCAAGUGUUAAGAGAAAAUAGAUACAGGUACUAGUAGAAGUCAUUAAAAAAGCUUUACAAAGGGAUAAAUUUAAAAAUAAAAACAAAAACUGUAUAUUUUGAUAUAGUUCUGUUGCUUGCUUGUACAGUAAAACAACUGUGUUGUUUUUUUUUACCGAGAACUUUACCAAUGAAAUAUAAGUUUCUAUGUGCAAAAUAACCCCAUGAUUAGAAGCAGUAUUACAUGUAAUUACACAGCUAUACAAGUACCAUUUGGAUUGUGCUGGUUACAUAUUUUCCCAAAUAGUAUUCUGAUUUUUGGCCCUUCAUGCAGUGUCUUAGCAAUAGUGAAAAUUAAAAACUGCCAAGAGAAGGGGGUAGCAAUUCUUCAUCAUGGAAAUAAAAAAGAAAAAAGUAUUGCAUAUUUAAUAUUUUGCCCUUUGUAAUAUAGCACUUUUAUUUAACUAGGAUGCAUCUAUGAAAUAGCCAAAGUUCUACAAACAGUUAUUAACUUAGUUUGCUGAUGGAUUAUGUCAACAAUACCAUCAAUUCCCACCCUUACCCCACAAAAGAAAUCCUAAAUCUUGUGGCUAAAACCUAAUUUAUAUCAGAUUUAUGAAAUAAAGUAUUUUCCUAAUUAUGCUCAAGUGUUUGGUUACCAUUCUAGUGAUUCUUUCUAUGUAAUAAGGCAAUUACAGUUUCAAGUAAUGAAAGGCUGGUACAGACUUGAACAUAAUGUAUUGGGUUUAUUUUUAAUCAGUUUGAACCAGAAGGGGAAAAAUGUCCCACUAUCAGCUAGACUAUAUGCAAAUACGGUUGUAUAAAGUUAAGGGUUAUAAGGAAACCUCAGUAGAAUUACACUAAUACUGAAGUUAAAAUUAAAAGGAUAUCCAAGGUGAUGAUAAAGUGUGUGUUGGUAGUUACUAAAAGAACCUUAGCUGUUAUUGCCUUGUAUUUCUAUCCCUUGUUUCAGGCUUCAUGAUCCAAGUCUUAGUCCAGUUUUUCUUUUGGACAUUUGCAAUAUUUGCCAGUUGUGUUCUGUGUAGUCUGAAUUUGCUUUCUGUAGUUGAACAAGCGUCUUAAAAAGUCAUUUGUAAUUUAUUGAAUUACUUUCUAUGAUGUUCUAUAGAGCAAAUGGAAGUUUAAUUAUUUUUUAUUAAACAUAUUCUUUGACUA